AGUUUUGACUCACCUUCAGCUGGCGAAAAUACAUUAUCAAUACACUAUCAACGCCUUUUUCGCGGUGCCUGUUUACACUGGUUGCCUUGCUACAAAAAAGAACCCAUUUGACAAGAAAAGUCCAUGUCCGAUAAUGAUAACGCGAGUUCUGAAUCAGGCACGGCACCAUCUGCUACCCACUUGUAUGCCCAUCUUCGCCACCCUAGCAAGCCAUAUCCCACACCGCAUGUUCACUCGACUCCCCGAGCGCGCUUUGCCGCGUUCAAUUCGACGCCUAAAAAGUCUGCUCAUGUCGCCAAGCAGCCUUUUGCAAAGGCGCCAGCGUCUUCCGAUUUGAACGAGUGUCCUGAGACGAAACGUCCUAAACCCUACCCCUAUAGCAGCAAGUAUCGAGAUCGAGCCUACGAGCGUCGUAUGGCUACUGAGAUGAUGAGUAAGGGAGAAAAAUUGGACGAGGUGUUCUCAGCUAGGUUAUCUCCUAACAGCUUUCGCCGCCAGAUUGAAAAUAAUGAAUACCUUGUAGAGGACGAAGAGACGACAUACUUGGUGCAGGGUAUUGAUGCAGCGUUGCUGGAGAAGCGGAAGCUCGAAAUUGAGGAGGAGGAGGCUGAACGUAUGAAGCAAGCCGAGCAGAAGGCUGCUGGUUCCCAGAAUUUGGCCGCAAAACAGUUGGUGGUGACGCAAGAUGGUAAGGCUAUGGCCAUUGACGUACCUCAGGAUUUCCAGACCUACCUUGGAAGGCAGAUUUACAACGUUUUGUUCAAGAGGGAGAUGCCUCAGCCACUAGAUAUUUUCCUUUUAGGUCGUACGAGCUAUUGUUUCACCCUCGAUCCGAGUUCUUCAAAAGAUAUACCAACUAUUAUAGAGCGUCAAAUUGAGAAUUACUACGACCGAGACACUCGAUACGAGUCUGUAUGUAUUUCUACGAAUCCAGAGAUUCUCAAGAAGCUGAGUGUGCUCAUGUCAUAUAUCAAAAAGGGUCCCAAAGGUCUGAAGCAAAGGAAAGCUGAUUUAGAGAUGAAGGAAAAGUGCGCCAAGCAAACAUUGCAAAAUUUGUACGCUACUUUGAAGCGGUCCUCCUCAAACGCCUCUAGUCCUACUGGGGAGGAUUCCUUCAAAGCACCAACAGCUUCCAAAAGUAAAGAAGAGGCGCAACAACAGCGUUGCGAAGACAGCGACGAAGACAUUUUUGGAGACCUCAAAGGCAGAGUUUAUGACCCCUCCGCGUAUCUGAUCGCAUCUAAUAUCAAAUCCAAAUCUCAGAUUUGGAAAGACGUCGUUGAAGCCGACGGUCAAUCUAGCAAUGAUCGGCCCCUUGGCACGACUGACCAAGUUAAGUCUGCUGUCGCCAAUAAUGGCCACCUCAGUACAAUUCAGUUUGACGCCGGUAUCCAGGUAUUUGAGAACGAGGAAUAUGAUGGCAUGGACGAUUAUGGGGAGUCAGAAGAAGAAGACUUGAUGACUAUGGACAACAGAGUCAAAUUGAAACGAGCCGAUUUCGAAAACGAUCAGGAAUGGGAGAAGUACGAAGCCAAUCGCGAGGCGAUUCCUAAAGCCGCAUUUCAGUUCGGUGUCAAAUUCGGAGACGGAAGGCGCCUGCAAAGAAGAGGCAAAAACGAAAAGAGAAGAAUUUAUCAUGUUCUGCAGAAGAAGGUUUCCGGAUCCAUUAAGAAAGAAGACUGAAGCUCGUAGACAGAGGGAGCACAUCUCAAAAAAUUUGAUUGAAACCUCGAUAGGAAGGUGGCGUUGUACACUCAGGAAACGCGUGCUGCGCGCGUGCACCGCCUGCUCAGAUCGACAAGAGGUAAUUCUGCAAACUUUAAUCCCUCUUCCGAGUUCCGGGGCUCCGAGAGCAAUCGUGUACACCUCGUCAUGAAAAAGCAAUUCUAGCGAUCCCUCCGCCAUUCGAUUGACCCUGGCAAGGGUUAUUUGUAUAUUCUCUGUCUAGCGUCUAUGCAAACAUGGUGCCCGCGCCGUGGAGAGUGCGCUAAUUCCUCGAAACUUUGUACUGUUGGUAGAGGGUUGUUCUCGAUUAGGCUUGGAUAUUUUCAUUCGUCCCAGUGCGCUUUAGUUUCAGUCCUUACGACAAAACAUAAUUUCACAGGCGACGGCCGCUUUCCUUCGAGCGAGAGCGAAAAGUGGGGCAUCCGAAGCCUUCAAAUCCGAAGUGUACCAGUUGGCCCCGCAUUUCUCAAGAGAAAAGCGCUGUCUGCCAUAAAGCAGGAGAAAGUUGCACAGGUGUACGACCUUAACGAAAAGAGGCAUCCGCUUUUUUGUGUGGGGAUUAUACACAUUUUCAAAAUUACGCUUUUUCUGCUAUUGGUAUUCGUGACACUUUGAGCUCAUGGUUUGUGUAGAUUGAGCAACGAGGGGUUGAUAGUUGUAGCGUAGUAAAUAUUUUGUGGGGCAAGUUUUUCGUGCAUGCACGUGUGACAAGGAAGUUUUUUGAUAGAUAGUUUCGUGCAUUUUUGUCUCUGUCUUUGCUUAAGAACCUGCUGUUUGGCAUGUCACAGUGGCGGUGAUAUUAUGCUCCCUUCAUUUUCGAGAGAUGAAAG